GUAUUCAAGAUGUCAUGACUAAUUCGCUGUUUGUCAGCCACCAAGGAAAUGAUCUCAACAAUUGUGGUAACUGGACUAUGCCUUGUCGUACUGUGCGACAUGCAGUGAAGAUGUCUAAUGAUGGAGAUCAAAUUUAUAUUGAUUAUGCACAAGGAAGACCGUAUAUGGAAUGUGAAAAUGUGACAGAAUCAACAUGCUCCAUCGAGUUGCCAAAAUCUGUUUCGUUUCAUGGUCUCUACGGAAAAGCUGAAAUUCGAUGCAAGAAUGGCCUGAGGUUUUUCAAGAUUAGAAGCCCAAGUUUUAACAUCACGCGAGUCAAAUUUUUUAACUUGGUUAUAUCUAGAUCAAAUACUGUAGCUGAACUUGACGUUGGUGCCAGGACGGAAUUAGUCUUUAAUAAUACGCUGAUCACAAAAAACCAAAUUGGUAUAUACAGCAAACGCUCGACUGACUGUUUCAUUCUGAUAUACAAUUCCAGUUUUGAACGUAUUUUCUUAGGAGGAGUACGUCUACAAUGUUUGAAUCUCACUGCACGCAUUAUUUCCAGCACCUUCAAGUUAUCUCCUCUGCUGCUCGGGAACAGAGGUAAUAAGCCCGUUAUAAGACAGAAAAUAAAGGUACUUGUCCUCGGAACAAUUUUUGAUGGCGAGAAUAUCCAAAUGUGCAGCGCUGAUAUGUUUUCGAUAAAGCUUCAUGCCACCGUUGUUAACAUAACAAUAGUUGAUUCAGAAUUUAGAAAUCAUUUUGGAUUUUCCUGUGUCUUAGGAGAGUUUUCUACAUUAAGAAUAGUCGACCACAUGUCUGUACCUCGAAACAAAACAUUUAUAUUCUUGAAGAAUUUACUUGUUGAAAAUAAUUACAAUAAAAUGUCUGCAGUUGUGCUAUCUGCAGGGUAUUUAAAGUACACUUUUGUGAAAGUUGAGAUGCGAGACAGUAUUUUGAGGAACAAUUCGGAAGCACUCUUGGUUACCACUCAUCGUUUUGCAUAUUCCAAAUCGUCACCCACAAUAUUCCUUACGAACAACACCUUUGUCGACAAUUUUUAUAAGUAUAUUAAACCUAAAGUUGCAGCAGCACUUUACUUUAGGUCUGGUAAAACUCGCGUAUCCUCAUGCCGUUUCCUUGACAACAGAGCUGGUCCAAACCCUUAUACAGCGGUAGUGACAAUAUCUGACGAAGCCACUGUCUCUUUCGUUGAUUGUUAUUUUGCAAACCAACAAACUAGCGUGCAGUCGAACCAGUUAUUUGCAUCAGGGUUUAGAACGAUUAAAUUUAUUGGCAAAAAUACGUUUAAUUUAAUCGCCUUGAAAGAAGAACAGUCGGUUUUUAUUCACAUACCAACCUCGUUAAGCUCCGGGAUGAUUAUGAGGAAGGAUUUUAAGAUCCUAUGUCCACAAGGUUACAAAUUGAAUCCGCAGCAACAGUGCAUAGGUAUCACGAACGGAAUGAUAUGUUUCUAUAUUAAUGUCCAAUGUGAACAGUGCCCAACAAAAACGUACACACUUCAAAGAGGCGAAUUUAUUUUCAAUAAAAGCAAUGACAUCCAAUGCCAGCAAUGCCCUCGAGGAGGGGACUGUGGUAGUGGAUUGGUCACGGCCAAACCAAACUUUUGGGGUUACAAAACAAAAAUGAAAAUGGUAUUUGUCCAAUGUCCCCCAGGAUACUGCUGCGACUCCGAGGAUUGCGUCACCUAUGAUAAUUGUCAUGGAAACAGAUCUGGUACACUUUGUGGUCAAUGUCCAGAAGGAAUGUCGGAAACUUUGUUCUCCACACAAUGUAUAUCAAACACAGAAUGCUCCUUCAAUUAUUUCUUUAUAAUUGGCACAAUUGCAAUGCUUAUUCUAUAUCUUGUCUUCUUUCUUUACCAUAAAGAAAUUCUGAGCAUUCUUCGAACAAGUUUAUUUAGUAAGCGCUUAUCGUUCUCAAUAAACAACAGAAACAAGCAAAGAAACAAUGUUAGCACCGGUGGUAAUACCUCAUCACCCAGUGGGAUGAUUAAGAUAUUCUUCUAUUACUAUCAAGUUUGUAAUUUGCUAAGAAGCUCUGUAGGAUCUUCUAAAAAGGGUCAAUUCAUUCAUAAUUUUGAGAAUGUUAUUUCAAGGGUAAUGAAUAUGGUUCUAGUUAAUCUUCCAUCGAUUAAAUGUCCUCUGAAGGAUCUUCAUGCUGUUCCUAAGGCCGUUAUACUACACUCCGUGGGGUAUUGUCUUCUUGUUCUUCUUUCUCUUCUUUAUUUUUUAAGCAAGUUGAUUCUGAUCUUAAGAAGAUUAGGAAAUGGUGGCGAUAGAAGAACAGCGUUACAACAUGUUACUUCAACAGGGUCUGAUCUUAGUAGUAGCGCUUCAAAAUCGUCAUUUUCACAACGAGUUGCUUCGGCCUUCACUUACAUUUCUUUAUUAAUGUACGCUUCUUCAGCUAAACUCUGUCUUUCCCUGCUUCAUUGUGUACCAGUUGGUGAUAAUCAAGUUUUAUUUCUUGAUGGUAGUGUAAAAUGUUACCAAACAUUUCAAUAUUUUCUUCUUGCUUACAUGAUUACUUCCAUACUUCCAUUUUGUGUUGUUCCUGUUCUCGGCUCGUAUCUUUUAAAGUCUGGUCGAAUUGGUGUGAAACAAUUUUGUGCGGCCUGUAUCUUCCCUCUACCAUUUUGUUGUUUUUGGUUGUAUUUGUUGCUUAAAGACUGUCGUUGUGGAAAUCAGGGAUCGUAUAACACAACAGAAGAAAAUGAUAAUGCAGUAAGAUCGGAACAAGAUAAUGACGAAACACAAAGCCUUGGUAGUGAAGAAAUCACCUUUACCUCCUCCAUUGAUAGCAAUGAAACCACUUCUACGAGAAGUGAACCAGCUGUUUGCACUGAUAACAAUGAAGUCACCUCUGCGAGAAGUGAAUCAGCCAUUCUCAGUGUAUUGUUGGGCCCAUUUAGACCUCAGCAAGCUUUUAUGUGUUUUCCUUCUUCGCAUAUUCCUUGGGAAGGUUUUCUCAUCUUUCGUAGAUUGGUCUUGAUUAUUGCGUUGACUUUCGUCUACGACAUUCAGCUCAGACUUUUUGCAGCUUUAAUACUUUGUGUUGCCAUUCUAAUCUUCCAUAUGUUUGUGUAUCCUUUUCAGAGAAAAAGUGACAAUAAACUGGAAUCUUUUUCUCUAGGCUCACAUGUGGUCCUGUGUGGUUCAACUUUAAUAAAAGCUCUUUAUUACGGUGAAGAUUAUUCUUCUUUUUCAAAACGUUUGCUUGUGUUGAAUGUGAUUGAAAAUAUUCUUAUUGUCGCUCCAAUAUCGAUCAUAAUGAUCGUUGUUAUCUUCUCUCUUGCUAUAAAGUUGGUAUUUGGUUUCAACUUCCUGGUAUCGGUCUUGAUCCGAAAGAUCAGGAGGCGUUUCAGGUUUACCAUGUAAAUUUUAGAUAUUUAGUAUAGUAUGUAUGGAGCUCCAUAUAUGUCUUGAGCGAGAACUCGAGUCCAAAAAGUGAAGCCAGCUUCGUGUUAACCGCGCGGACAAAAACAAUAGAAAGGGACUGGAACUGACGUCCUUUUGCUCUUCAAUUUCCGCCAUCUUGGCAAGGAGUGUGCCGAAAUUUCGUAUUUUGACUUCGAUUUGAAGACUAAUAUUAUUAUUUUAUUAACUGAAAACCUGAUUAGCGAAAACUGGAUUUAGCGGGAAAAAAUGGUAUAAAAACUGUUUACGACCUUCAGAGCUAUUGGACGUCAAAGGCCGCCAUCUUGGCUUCACUUUUAUCAUUGGAUGAAUGACUGACGUUCUUGAAUGACUUGACGUUCCAGAUAUAUCUAGAGCUCACUGAGUAGGAAGUAUGGUUAUGUAGAUUAAGUAAAUUCACAAUUGUAUGUUUACAUUUAUGGCAAUUCAUUUCUCCAACUUGAUUAACUUGGAGUUUAAAUAUAUGUUAAAUGCAUGGGAUGAUACGACAAGUUUCGUAUUUGUGUAAAAGUCAAAUAUCAAUUUUCCUGAUCUAUAAUUUGUAACAAUCAGGUUCAGUUUUGUUCAAUAUAAUUUGAUACGGGGUUAUACAGGGAUACGAGGUUAUCUUCACCGUCGUUUGUCUAUUCCACAUUUUUCUUUGUCGAGAAUGCUAAUUCCUUCCGCUGAACUAUAAUCCAUAUCACAGGCCACAAGUCACAGUUUUGGUUAUUUUUUCAUUAGAAAUUAAAAGUAAUACAUAAAAAGUAUAAGUUACUAUCGCACACGGGUGUCUCGCUAGACAGCGGUCUCUGUUCAUUGUUGCUACCUUAUUCAAGCACCUGAGCCUUAUAUUUCUAUAUAUGUCACAAGCCUUUUACGUCAUGCACUUAUCAUCUAAAUCAUAUCCAAUUAUAGUAAGAGUUGAACAAUACUACCAGUCUUUGAUAAUCAGGAUAAUAUAAAAAGCACUGAUGAAGUCGGGGCUUACUGAUCGAAAGCUUUGCAAUAAUAAAUUUACGGGUAUUUUCAAAAUGGUUCAACACUUAAAAGUUAGUUAUUGCGAUCAAAAGCAGGUGGAAGUUAAAUCUGGCAUUCCUCCUUGCUUGAAUUAUGAAUUAUGUCUGAAUAUAUAACCGUGUUGUCAUAUUUGUUGUUGUUUUUUUCCGUUUUAACCAACUUUAAUUGGUCAAAAUGUGGUUUGUUUUAAAUUUAAAACUUUUUAAUUUUUGCCAUUUGGCUUGGAUGAGUCGACUUGGAUGAGUUGACUUAACCAGAUUUCAUUGGCAAUCGUCAAUUCAUGAUAUAGUUUGGUUGUUUUAUGCAAUGUAUGUUGAUUGUUUUAACCAACUAAUGAAUGGUUGACAUAAAUCAUGGUAGUUUGGAUCAGCGAGUUUUUGCUCCAUAUAUAUCUGGAGCAAGAACCCACGUCCAAAAAGGGAAGCUAAGGAUGGCGGGAAUUUGCCAUCCAGUGCCAGUCCCUUUCAAUUGUUUCUGUCUACGCGGUUGACACGAAGCUGGGAAGGAGUGUGACGAAAUUUCGUGUUUUUACAUCGAUUGAAAGAAUAAUAAUAUAGUUUUAUUACCUGAUGACUUGGUUAACGAUAUGAAUCGUGAGAAAAAACUGUAGAAUUAGUUGGGGAAAAUGAUAUGACAACUGUUUACGUCAGUUUCCGUCAUUUUGACUUCACUUUUCUCAUAAGCUGACUCUGAGCUCGCUUUGUGGGGUUAACUGGUUUGGAUGGUGAAAAUUUGAGAAAUCAUUACACUUAUAUAAAUCUCUCCUCUUCUUUUCUUUUAGAAACCUGGGUAAAAUGCGAUGACGAUAAAAUAUCUCAUAUCACUGGAGAAGAAGUUCUAAAAUUAUCAGGAGGAGGUACAAGCCUAACAUUAACUUUAAUCUAACCAUCAGCUUAAACCCCUAAUUAUGUUACCCUAAUCCUUAAUCUUAAUCGCAAACCCAACUUCGAUCGUAAUCCCAAAACUGAUCUCACCUUUUGAAGAAGAAAACGAUUUAUGUAGCACUGCGGAGAACAAGGGAAAAUUCAUCUCCUUCAUUUUUUUAGGUGACUGGCAUUGUGCCUACGUUCUAUUGUACGGUCCUAGACAACUUGAAAUAUUACAAGAAACAUCUUGAGAUGACGCAUUGAUGAGAUUCCCUCGCCAUGGUGUUAUCAGAGUACGGUACUGUGCUUUCGUAGGUGAAUCAGAUUUUUCAACCUUUUGUUCGUAUUUCCGAAAUUAUUUUUGAAUGCUAGAUUUUGGGAGAGCAUUUAACCUUUCCACUGAAAAGGACAAUUAUCAAUUAACUACAGAAAGUUUUGCUUCGUCAUCUUUGACAUUUUUCACUGACGGGAUAAGUCAGAAAUCAUGACAUUUUUUUCAAUGGAAAUGACCUUCACUGAAAACCAAGUAAUGUUAAUAAGCCAUUAAUUGAAAUAGAAAAGGCUAUCGUAGGCAACACAAACUUAGAUGUUAAAAUAGUUUCAAUUUGAAAUCAGGUUUCGUUAAUUAUUUUAUCUAUAUUCUUAUUAAAAUACUGAACAAUUUAUCUCUGUUGUCACGCGAUAAAACCAAGGUGAUAGACAGUCAGAAUUAGUUAAAAGGAAAAUAAUUAACUUAAUCAACUCUCAAGGUUCAAUUUUAUCACUAAAAGUAGACAAGGAUAUACUAGUAUGAGUAUCCCUAUGUUAAAUCAUAAACAUGCAUAUAUAGUUCAAUGAAAUUGAUUGUUGAUCAAAUCUUACAAGGACAGAGUUGAACGAGGAUCUCAUUAUGGUCAGAGUUUGAAUUUGUGGAAAUUGAGAGAAAACUGUGUAAUCAAAGAUACUGUAUUUCGGUAAAGUUUUUAUUUGUGGAUCACGUUCACCUUGAAGCUUUACAGAAAGACCAUUUUUUAAAGAUUUUCUUAUAACAGAGAUGUUUAAUAUCGACAGACCCAGAAGCAUUGUAGGUAAGCUUUUUCUAUUCACCAUUUUGUAUUCUUUCUCAUUUUACAAACCUUGUGAUAAACUAAUUUUUCUUGUCGUAUUGUAGGCCAUGUGACAGCAUGUGUCUUGUUUACUACAGAUUUUUCGACAGUAAUAUCAUGGAUAAUAAAAUACAUGGAUAGGAAACUAGCUGACGUGACCUAAUGUUUUCAAUGGGAUGAUGGCGUUGAAACCUAGUUGCAAACCAAAUUCUCAAAAACGGCAUGUUUACAGCUAAACAUUUUAGUCAAAGAGCAAAUAAAUAUAACUAGACCAUUCUACGAUGAAAUCUCUAAGUAUUCCCAGUCAAUUUUAGCAAAUAUUUCAAGCACUAAACAGUGAAAAAUGCAUCGCAAAUUUCGUAAAAAUUGGCGACGCCAAUUUCGUAGCUACAAAUGUUAAAAAAUACAAAACAAAGACGAAAAACAUUUACCUUGAAUACUUUGUCGUGGCUUAGGCAUGUUUUUAAAACAAUUAGACCAGUUUAUGCUUCAAUAUUACUUUUUUUUAAUGCGGAAAAUAUAGCGAAACAACAAAAAUGCUGAGAACUUUGGCAGUACACGUGACGCCACAGAUUGCAACUAGGUUUAGACUGUGACGUCAGCUAGUUUCCUAUCCAGUUAUUUUACAAUCCAUGGUAAUAUGUAAGCAAUCUCUGAAGUGGGUCCAUGCGAGGUAGUUGCCAUCACAGAGACACUAGCCUGUCGAAGCAAUCGUUCAAGAUCAUCAUUCGAGACAAGGUACAUGGCAGCAGAAUCAAGGUACAGUAGAAAACCUAUACUUUUUGGCCAGGGGUGGGUAUUUAUUUUUUAAUUGAUAUUUGAGGUUGGGUAAAAAAAUGUUUUACUUCUUAAUGAUUCGAUCAACAAAAUUUUUACCAAGAAAAACAUUUCACCCCCGCCAUAAAUAAUUGCCGCUCCCUAAAUUAACUAAUUGUUCAUUGUGUCUUAAAAUCCUACAUUAGGUUUUCAAAUGACAUCACAUUUAUCAUUUUGACAUCCUAUAUAAUUUGUAUUAUAAAAAUGUUUGUCGUACUUUCACUUUUCACCGACAUUUGGCUUCAACAAGCCAAGGAUAUUUUUCUCAGUAAAUAUCCCCAUAAACAUCAUGAGUCUUUCCAGGCCGCUGAACAUUGUCCCUAAUCUCCGGAAGAGAAUUACCAGCCGGAUUAUAAAGUGCUACAAUAUAUAGAUCAUGUGUAAGCAGGCCAUUCUUCUCUGCACAGCCAAUCCCUAUCUGUUUACUUUUCUUCCAAAUUACUUGAGUAAACGACGAUGUGUCCUUAUCGACUUGAGGCGUAGAGAAACUAAAAUGCUGUCCCUGGUUGUACCAGCGUUUCGUCGCCUCUUGUACACCGUAGUCGCAAUGAUAUGGAACAUUUGUUAAUUUAAUCGUAUUCUCCCCGUAUGUAUUGUCCACCUGACUGGCAAGGUUCGACCGCGUACCAUAUACUCGGAAGUUUAUACCGGAGAUAUUUAAUGCCGGGAUUGUAUCUCGUAUUUGGGCGUUUUGUUCCGCCAGCUGACGAGCCAUAUUCUUCGCGGCCGUCCCAAGUGCAUUGGACCACGACAAAGGUGGUGAAUGAUGGAUAAGACGGAACACGUUGUGAAGUUGCAGAGCUUUCAUUCCGAUAUCGCUCUCGUCUAUAUUGCAAGGUAGAAACACAGUUUAAUGUUUGUGACCACAGCAAGAACAGCCAGUGAUUAGCAAAGCACUGAUUAUAUUUUAAAAUAGACAUAGAAAGUUAAUGAAUCUUAUGUCUGAUGAAACAAAAAAGUCAUCAUACAAUUUCAAAACCAGUGAUAUCAAGGUACGAAAGAAUGCUGAGUCGGGGAUUACUGUUUUUGCAAGGAGAUGGUAUAUUUUGAAGCUAAUUUUGACCAGAAUUGUAAAUUUCAGAAACUUUGUAGCAUCCAUUACUAAAUCCACUAUUUGAAAUUACUUGACGAGACCUUACCUUGAGAAACACGCGUAUCGCUGCUCAUAAAGUAUCCUUCAACUUUGUGCGUUUGCUUAUUUUCAAUCCUAUCCACUGCAUUCUUACCAAGCCAUCCUAAAUUCAAACAAAGUAAACACAAUGAAAAAGAGGAAAAACCUGUCUUCUUAUUUGAUCCAGAUCAUAUCACGGGCAAUAGGACAGGUGUAGUGUUGUUAAAUAGAAAGUUAGAAAUGGUAUUGUACUUACUCAUGUAUUAUAAUUAUGUUUAAAAGAUCAGAAUAUUCAUAACUUCUUAUUUUGUUUCAUUAUACAAUUACUUUAUGGUUUCCGUGUUUGGAUGGCCUGAUCCAAACACGGCUUUCGACCAAUCAGAAUACGCGUUAUAUACAUGUUAUUUUAUAAAAAUAGUUCUUUAAUAUUCGAAACAAAUUCCAUAUCUGCUUCGUCUGCCAUCGCCAUGUUUACUCGUCCCAAUCUACAUGCUGCACGGCAUUGCCGUCCCUCCUGGCAAAAUAAUAAGCAAGCGAGAAAAGUUAAGGAGAAAUAAGAGGGUAGGAACAUCGUUGUCAUAAGCUGGAUGCAGUGACACUUCCAUAUAUGGCACAAACGUAUCCAUAACUUCCAUAUAUGGCACAAACGUAUCCUCGACGCGUUUUAUAACGUUUUAUUUGACGUAGGGAUGACGUAAUUCUGCUUCCCGCCUAUGACGAUUUGAUUUAGUCAUGUGAUACAAGAUUGCGAAAGCCGAUUGGCCCAGAACGAUGACACGCCCACGAAACGCCCACAAUGUUCCUACCCCUUAUUUUCUUCUUAAUUUUUCUCGCUUGCUUAUUAUUUUGCCAGGAGGGGCGGCAAUGCCGUGCAGCAUGUAGAUUGGGACGAGUAAGCAUGGCGAUGGCAGAUGAAGCAGAUAUGGAAUUUGUUUCGAAUAUUAAAGAACUAUUUAUGAAACAAAAUAAGAAGUUAUGAAUAUUCUGAUCUUUUAAACAUAAUUAUAAUGCAUGAGUAAGUAUAAUACCAUUUCUAACUUUCUAUUUAACAAGACUACACCUGUCCUAUUGCCCGUGAUCAUAUACAUGUAUAUGAACGACAUUGAAGAUCAAUGUCACAACCUACUAAACCUUUGUUUUUAAAGAAACUUUGUUUCAAACGAUUGCUGACUGAGUGAUCCAAAUGUUUAUUAGUCAAGAUGGUACACGAAGAAACCUACCACUGUCUACAGCUUCACGUACUAUCUCUGGUACUGAUGACGUUCUGGUCACAGACUGCGAUUCCUUAUAUCCCUUACUAUCUCCUGUGUCUUCUUAUAUCCCUUACUAUCUCCUGUGGUGAAAACGGAAUGUAAGUCACAAUUUCCCAACAAUGACCCUUAAUAUCCCAGUGUCAUCCAGUAAUCGGAAUGCAUGCUCCUUUGUCUUGUCAAUGUUUGAAAUUCCCACUGUUCUCGUUGCCCGAUACAGCCCGAUAAAGGCCUAUGUAUAUACAGUAUAUGAUCAAAGUUACCUUUGAUUUUUUCUGCCGUGAUAAUCGGACACUUUAUUGAUACACACAACACGAGCAGUACAACACGUUGAACCAUUGUAGUGCGUUAAAAUGAUUUAAGAACAAUACGAAAAUGAUGGUCAAAAUAGCAAUACAUUGACUAUGUAAAAAUUUUGAAAUAUAAUAAUCAAGCUGGUUUGGAGCAGUUUGGCUGUCUUAAAUAAUAAACUUAAUGGCUAUAUUGCAUGAGUGCUCUACUAUAGUUAGCUGUUUUCGAAUUCGCCCAGUUUCAUGCUUCCUGUGUGAACUGGAAAGGCGAAAUCGGGAAAAUGCGAGUAGGAUUUAGAAUUCCCCUGUUUCCAUGUAAACGGAUCCGUAGGAUAGACACAGAACAAGGAAAUGCAGAAAAGCACGUGAUACAAGCGGAAGACUAAUGACAGAGAAAAAGAAAUCGAUAGUUAGCUCAUGUUUUCUUCGAUAGUUAGCUCAUGUUUUCGAAUUCGUCCCGUUUUAUCCUUCCUGUGUGAAUGGGAAAGGCGAAAUCGGCAAAAUGCGAGUACGAUUUAGAAUUCCCCUGUUUCCAUGUAAACGGAUCCUUAGAAUAGACACAGCCUAAAGGGCAAAAUAAGGAAGUGCAGAGAAGCAUGUGAUACAAGCGGAAGACUUAUGGCAGAAAAAAGAAAAGAAAAUUGAAACGAAAACUGCUUUGUUUCCGAAAUACAGAUAGGAAAAGUGAUGCCUUCUCGCUUAUGUUUGCGUCAACUACAAACUACCACGCAUUAGACAUAUGUAAGAAAUUACGCUUCCUAGAAUAUCUUCUAAAUAAAUCCAAAAUAUUGGUUGUUUUCCUGCUAACAAUUAACAAAGAUCGCUAUAACUAAUUCUGUCUCACUUCACUUGACGAUCAAUAAAUGCUGGAAACGAUCUUCUUCAACGGCAUAUAUCAUGUUGUGUUACACUAUGUUUAAACUACGCUUGCUGAUUGUAGUAUUGCUGUGUUUCCAAGGUAGGUUUUUAUCCAUGCAUUGGUUUAGUAUUUAUAGUAUUAAAUAGUCAAUAUUGCGAAGAUUUCUAAUAAGAUGUACAAGGGCUGAUAUAGUCCUUGGUUUUUGUUUUCAUAUUAUUCUACAUCAGAGCGUGUAUGCCUUAAACGCUUCAAUCAUUCAAAAUUUAGCCAUUCAAGAUGUCAUGACUAAUUGGCUGUUUGUCAGCCACCAUGGAGAUGAUCACAACAAUUGUCAUAACUGGACUAUGCCUUGUCGUACUGUGCGACAUGCAGUGAAGAUGUCUAAUGAUGGAGAUCAAAUUUAUAUUGAGUAUGCACAAGGAAUUAGACCUUAUGUGGAAUGCGAAAAUGUAACACAAUCAUACUGCAUCGAGUUAACAAAAUCGGUUUCGUUUCAUGGUCUCUACGGAAAAGCUGAAAUUCGAUGCAAGAACAGCCUGAAGUUUUUCAAGAUUAGAAGCUCUAGUUUUAACAUCACGCGAGUCAAAUUCUUUAACUUGGUUAUAUCUAGUUCAGAUAUUGUAGCUGAACUUGACGUAGGAGCCAGGACGGAAUUAGUCUUUCAUAAUAUGUUGAUCAGGUAUAACCGACAUGGUAUAUACAGCAAACGCUCGACUGACUGCUUCAUUCUGAUAUUCAACUCCAGUAUUGAAAGUAGUUUCUCAGGAGGACUACGCCUACAAUGUUUGAAUCUCACUGCACACAUCAUUUCUAGCAGCUUCAAGUUAUCUCCGGUGUUGCUCGCGAACAGACCUUGUAAGCCAAUAGUUUGCCAAAGACAGAAAAUAAAGAUACUUGUCCAAAAUACAGUCUUUAAUGGCGAGAAUACCGAAAUGUGCGCUGAUAUCUUUUCGAUACGGCCUUAUGCAGCCUUGGUUAACAUAACAAUAAUUGGUUCAGAAUUUAGAAAUCAUUUUGGAUUUUCCUGUCUCAAAGGAGAGUUUUCUACAAUAAGCAUAGUCGAUCAUCACUCUAUACCUCGACACAAAACAUUUAUAUUUUUGAAGGAUCUACUUGUUGAAAAUAAUUGCAAUAAACAGCCUACAGUCGCGCUAUCUGCAGGGUAUUUAAAGCACACUUUUGUGAAAGUUGAGAUGCGAGACAGUAUUUUGAGGAACAAUUCAGAAGCACUUUGGCUUCGCACUAAUUAUUUUGGUAGAUAUUCGGUUCCUUCACCCGCAAUAGUCCUUAAAAAUAACACCUUUGUUGACAAUUUUUAUAAGUUUAUUAAACCUAAUGUUGCAGCAGCAGUUUACUUUUACUCUGGUAAAAUUCGAGUAUUGUCAUGUCGUUUCCUUGACAACAAAGCUAGCCCAAAUCCUUACACAGCGGUAGCGACAAUAUCACAUGCAGCCAUUGUCACUUUCUUUGAUUGUUAUUUUGAAAACCAGCAGACUAAAGUACAGUCCAAUCAAGUGUUUGCAUUAGGAAGUAGACCACUUUAUUUUCGUGGCCAAAAUACGCUUAAUUUUGUCGCCUUGAAAGAUAAACAGGCGGUAUUUGUUCGCAUACCCAUCUCCAAGAACACUGGGGUGGUUGUGAGCAAGAAAUUUAAGAUCUUAUGUCCACAAGGCUACAAAUUAAAUCCGCAACAACAGUGUGUAGAUAUAAAGAAUGCAAUCAUGUGUUAUUAUAUGAAUGUCCAAUGUGAACAAUGUCCAACCAAAACCUACACACUUCAAAGAGGCGAGCUUAUUUUCAAUAAAAGCAAUGACGUCCAAUGUCAGCCAUGUCCUCGAGGAGGGAACUGUGAUAGUGCAUUGGUCAGAGCCAAACCAAACUUUUGGGGUUACAAAACAAAAAUGAAAAUGGUAUUUGUCCAAUGUCCCCCAGGAUACUGCUGCGCCUCCGAGGAUUGCGUCACCUAUGAUAAUUGCCAUGGAAACAGAUCUGGUACACUUUGUGGUCAAUGUCCAGAAGGAAUGUCGGAAACUUUGUUCUCCACACAAUGUAUAUCAAACACAGAAUGCUCCUUCAAUUAUUUCUUUAUAAUUGGCACAAUUGCAAUGCUUGUUCUAUAUCUUGUCUUCUUUCUUUACCAUAAAGAAAUUGUGAGCAUUCUUCGAACAAGUUUAUUUAGUAAGCGCUUAUCGUUCUCAAUAAACAACAGAAACAAGCAAAGAAACAACGUUAGCACCGGUGGUAAUACCUCUUCACCCAGUGGGAUGAUUAAGAUAUUCUUCUAUUACUAUCAAGUUUGUAAUUUGCUACGGAGCUCUGUAGGUUCUUCUAAAAAGGGUCAAUUCAUUCAUAAUUUUGAGAAUGUUAUUUCAAGGGUAAUGAAUAUGGUUCUAGUUAAUCUUCCAUCGUUUAAAUGUCCUCUGAAGGAUCUUCAUGCUGUUCCUAAGGCCGCUAUACUACACUCCGUGGGGUAUUGUCUUCUUGUUCUUCUUUGUCUUCUUUAUUUUUUAAGCAAGUUGAUUCUGAUCUUAAGAAGAUUAGGAAAUGGUGGCGAUAGAAGAAGAGCGUUACAACAUGUUACUUCAACAAGGUCUGAUCAUAGAAUUAGCACCCCAAUAUUGUCAUUUUCACAACGAGUUGCUUCGGUUUUCACUUACAUUUCUUUAUUAAUGUACGCUUCUUCAGCUAAACUAUGUCUUUCCCUGCUUCAUUGUGUACCAGUUGGUGAAAAUCAAGUUUUAUUUCUUGAUGGUAGUGUAAAAUGUUACCAAACAUUUCAAUAUUUUCUUCUUGCUUACAUGAUUACUUCCAUACUUCCAUUUUGUCUUGUUCCUGUUCUCGGCUCGUAUCUUUUAAAGUCUGGUCGAAUUGGUGUGAAACAAUUUUGUGCAGCUUGUAUCUUCCCUCUGCCAUUUUGUUGUUUUUGGUUGAAUUUGUUGCUUAAGGACUUUCGUUGUGGAAAUCAGGGAACGUAUAACACAAUAGAAGAAAAUGAUGAUGCAGUAAGAUAUGAACAAGAUAAUGACGAAACACAAAGCCUUAGUAGUGAAGAGAAUACCUUUACCUCCUCCACUGAUAGGAAUGAAACCACUUCUACGAGAAGUGAACCAGCUGUUUGCACUGAUAACAAUGAAGCCACUUCUACGAGAAGUGAAUCAGCCAUUCUCAGUGUAUUGUUGGGUCCAUUUAGACAUCAUCAAACUUUUAUGUGUUUUCCUUCUUCACAUAUUCCUUGGGAAGGUUUUCUCAUCGUUCGUAGAUUGGUCUUGAUUAUUGCGUUGACUUUCGUCUACGACAUUCAGCUCAGACUUUUUGCAGCUUUAAUACUUUGUGUUGCCAUUCUAAUCUUCCAUAUGUUUGUGAAUCCUUUUCAGAGAAAAAGUGACAAUAAACUGGAAUCUUUUUCUCUAGGCUCACAUGUGGUCCUGUGUGGUUCAACUUUAAUAAAAGCUCUUUAUUACGGUGAAGAUUAUUCUUCUUUUUCAAAAAGUUUGCUUGUGUUGAAUGUGAUUGAAAAUAUUCUUAUUGUUGCUCCAAUAUCGAUCAUAAUGAUCGUUGUUAUCUUCUCUCUUGCUAUAAAGUUGGUAUUUGGUUUCAAGUUCCUGGUAUCGGUCUUGAUUCGAAAGAUCAGGAGGCGUUUCAGGUUUACCAUGUAAAUUUUAGAUAUUUAGUAUAGUAUGUAUGGAGCUCCAUAUAUGUCUUGAGCGAGAACUCGAGUCCAAAAAGUGAAGCCAGCUUCGUGUUAACCGCGCGGACAAAAACAAUAGAAAGGGACUGGAACUGACGUCCUUUUGCUCUUCAAUUUCCGCCAUCUUGGCAAGGAGUGUGCCGAAAUUUCGUAUUUUGACUUCGAUUUGAAGACUAAUAUUAUUAUUUUAUUAACUGAAAACCUGAUUAGCGAAAACUGGAUUUAGCGGGAAAAAAUGGUAUAAAAACUGUUUACGACCUUCAGAGCUAUUGGACGUCAAAGGCCGCCAUCUUGGCUUCACUUUUAUCAUUGGAUGAAUGACUGACGUUCUUGAAUGACUUGACGUUCCAGAUAUAUCUAGAGCUCACUGAGUAGGAAGUAUGGUUAUGUAGAUUAAGUAAAUUCACAAUUGUAUGUUUACAUUUAUGGCAAUUCAUUUCUCCAACUUGAUUAACUUGGAGUUUAAAUAUAUGUUAAAUGCAUGGGAUGAUACGACAAGUUUCGUAUUUGUGUAAAAGUCAAAUAUCAAUUUUCCUGAUCUAUAAUUUGUAACAAUCAGGUUCAGUUUUGUUCAAUAUAAUUUGAUACGGGGUUAUACAGGGAUACGAGGUUAUCUUCACCGUCGUUUGUCUAUUCCACAUUUUUCUUUGUCGAGAAUGCUAAUUCCUUCCGCUGAACUAUAAUCCAUGUCACAGGCCACAAGUCACAGUUUUCGUUAUUUUUUCAUUAGAAAUUAAAAGUAAUACAUAAAAAGUAUAAGUUACUAUCGCACACGGGUGUCUCGCUAGACAGCGGUCUCUGUUCAUUGUUGCUACCCUAUUCAAGCACCUGAGCCUUAUAUUUCUAUAGAUGUCACAAGCCUUUUACGUCAUGCACUUAUCAUCUAAAUCAUAUCCAAUUAUAGUAACAGUUAAACAAUACUACCAGUCUUUGAUAAUUAGGAUAAUAUAAAAAGCACUGAUGAAGUCGGGGCUUACUGAUCGAAAGCUUUGCAAUAAUAAAUUUACGGGUAUUUUCAAAAUGGUUCAACACUUAAAAGUUAGUUAUUGCGAUCAAAAGCAGGUGGAAGUUAAAUCUGGCAUUCCUCCUUGCUUGAAUUAUGAAUUAUGUCUGAAUAUAUAACCGUGUUGUCAUAUUUGUUGUUGUUUUUUUCCGUUUUAACCAACUUUAAUUGGUCAAAAUGUGGUUUGUUUUAAAUUUAAAACUUUUUAAUUUUUGCCAUUUGGCUUGGAUGAGUCGACUUGGAUGAGUUGACUUAACCAGAUUUCAUUGGCAAUCGUCAAUUCAUGAUAUAGUUUGGUUGUUUUAUGCAAUGUAUGUUGAUUGUUUUAACCAACUAAUGAAUGGUUGACAUAAAUCAUGGUAGUUUGGAUCAGCGAGUUUUUGCUCCAUAUAUAUCUGGAGCAAGAACCCACGUCCAAAAAGGGAAGCUAAGGAUGGCAGGAAUUUACCAUCCAGUGCCAGUCCCUUUCUAUUGUUUCUGUCUACGCGGUUGACACGAAGCUGGGAAGGAGUGUGACGAAAUUUCGUGUUUUUACAUCGAUUGAAAGAAUAAUAAUAUAGUUUUAUUACCUAAUGACUUGGUUAACGAUAUGAAUCGUGAGAAAAAACUGUAGAAUUAGUUGGGGAAAAUGAUAUGAAAACUGUUUACGUCAGUUUCCGUCAUUUUGACUUCACUUUUCUCAUAAGCUGACUGUGAGCUCGCUUUGUGGGGUUAACUGGUUUGGAUGGUGAAAAUUUGAGAAAUCAUUACACUUAUAUAAAUCUCUCCUCUUCGUUUCUUUUAGAAACCUGGGUAAAAUGCGAUGACGAUAAAAUAUCUCAUAUCACUGGAGAAGAAGUUCUAAAAUUAUCAGGAGGAGGUACAAGCCUAAUAUUAACUUUAAUCUAACCAUCAGCUUAAACCCCUAAUUAUGUUACCCUAAUCCUUAAUCUUAAUCGCAAACCCAACUUCGAUCGUAAUCCCAAAACUGAUCUCACCUUUUGAAGAAGAUUUAUGUAGCACUGCGGAGAACAAGGGAAAAUUUCAUCUCCUUCAUUUUUUUAGGUGACUGGCAUUGUGCCUACGUUCUAUUGUACGGUCCUAGACAACUUGAAAUAUUACAAGAAACAUCUUGA